UCUGUAUUAAACGUAUUUUAUUGGAUUUUGUUUGUUUUGUUUUUAGAUUCAUUGCAUUUAUAACUUGUUAUGACUAAGUUCAAUAUUCAUUAGGUUUAGUAAAAUUUACAAAUAUUGCAGAAAAAAUAGGUGCUAAUAACAAACAAUUUUGCAUAAUAACAAAACCUAGACUUAAGUAGGUAAUGUAAUGUCAUACACUGAGUUAGAGCAUGGCUAUCAAGGAUUACGGCAAGCCCGUCAACCGCAAUUUUACGUCGGCGAAGACGGGAACCUUGUCGCAAUAAGGUCACCGGGCGAAUUGGAGCUGUGUGACACACUAGAUCCCCAUUACGAUGGUGGGGGCAAGAAAGUUGUGGUUGGCGUAUGCGCCAUGGCCAAGAAGUCGCAGUCGAAGCCUAUGAAGGAAAUCCUAACCAGACUUGAUGAAUUCGAGUAUAUAAAGAUGCUUGUCUUCCCUGAGGAGGUUAUCCUUCAGAAACCUGUGGAAGAGUGGCCAAUAUGUGAUUGUCUAAUUUCAUUUCACUCUAAAGGCUUCCCAUUAGACAAAGCUAUUCAAUAUGAGAAAUUAAGGAAGCCUUAUGUUAUAAACAAUCUUCACAUGCAGUAUGACAUACAGGAUCGUAGGAAAGUAUAUGCUAUAUUAGAAAGUGAAGGUAUAGAAAUACCAAGAUAUGCUGUUUUAGAUAGAGAUGCACCAGAUGCAAUAUAUCAUGAGUUAGUUGAAUCUGAAGACCAUGUAGAAGUGAAUGGUGUGGUUUUUAAUAAACCUUUUGUAGAAAAACCAGUAUCUGCAGAGGAUCAUAAUAUCUAUAUAUAUUACCCAACUUCUGCAGGCGGUGGAAGUCAACGACUUUUUAGAAAGAUCGGAAGUCGAAGCAGCAUUUAUUCCCCCGAAUCACGAGUUAGAAAAACUGGUUCCUUUAUCUAUGAAGAUUUUAUGCCUACAGAUGGCACAGACGUGAAAGUAUACACUGUGGGACCAGACUACGCUCACGCGGAGGCGCGCAAGAGUCCCGCGCUCGACGGCAAAGUGGAACGAGACUCCGAGGGCAAGGAGAUCCGGUACCCGGUCAUACUCUCCAACCAGGAAAAACUCAUAUCUAGAAAAGUGUGUCUAGCAUUUAAGCAGACUGUUUGCGGAUUUGAUCUCUUAAGAGCAAACGGCAAGUCGUUCGUGUGUGACGUGAAUGGAUUUUCAUUCGUAAAAAAUUCAAAUAAAUACUAUGACGAUUGUGCAAAGAUACUUGGUAAUAUGAUUCUGCGGGAGCUGGCACCGACGUUACACAUCCCGUGGUCAGUGCCUUUCCAACUUGACGACCCGCCCAUUGUGCCCACCACCUUCGGCAAAAUGAUGGAGUUGCGGUGCGUUGUGGCUGUCAUUAGGCAUGGGGAUCGUACUCCCAAACAGAAGAUGAAAGUUGAAGUCCGUCAUCCAAGGUUUUUCGAAAUAUUCGAAAAGUAUGACGGUUACAAACGGGGCCACGUGAAGUUAAAGAAACCGAAACAACUCCAAGAGAUAUUGGACAUCGCACGAGCUCUGCUUGCCGAUAUACACACGCGCCAUGCCGAUCCUGAAAUAGAAGAGAAGCAGGGCAAGCUUGAGCAACUUAAAAGUGUUUUAGAGAUGUACGGGCACUUCUCGGGCAUCAACCGCAAGGUGCAGAUGAAGUACCAGCCGAGGGGCCGCCCGCGCGGCUCCAGCUCCGACGACGGUACCGCCCCCGCACACUCACCUGCAUCCACAGAUCACGUAGGCGGCGCAGGCGAGCCGUCGCUGGUGCUGAUCCUCAAGUGGGGCGGGGAGCUGACGCCGGCCGGCCGCAUUCAGGCGGAAGAGCUGGGCCGAAUGUUCCGCUGUAUGUACCCGGGCGGGCAGGGACGGCAUAUACCAGGUGACGGAGGUACUCAAGGCCUCGGGUUACUGCGACUACAUUCGACGUUCCGUCACGACCUGAAGAUAUACGCAUCAGAUGAGGGUCGUGUGCAGAUGACAGCAGCGGCUUUUGCAAAAGGACUGUUAGCUUUGGAGGGGGAAUUGACACCGAUCUUAGUACAGAUGGUCAAGUCGGCCAAUACAAAUGGAUUACUCGAUAAUGAUUGUGAUUCGUCAAAGGUGCAAAAUAUGGCGAAAGCACGACUGCACGAGUCGAUGCAGAUGGACCGCGAGUUCGGCGAGGAGGACCGCGCGCGCAUCAACCCGUGCUCGUCGGCGAGCAUCGCGGCCGCGCUGCAGCUGGUCGCCAACCCGGCGCGGUGCUGCGCGCACGUGCACGCCCUCAUACAGCACCUCGUGCGCAUCGUGCUCGCCAAGAAGGACGACCCUAAGACCAAGGAUACGAUACUGUAUCAUGGCGAGACGUGGGAGCUGAUGGGCCGUAGAUGGGGCAAAAUAGAAAAGGAUUUCUGUACGAAGAACAAAACGUAUGACAUAUCGAAAAUUCCAGACAUAUACGACUGCAUCAAGUACGACCUGCAGCAUAACCAGCACACACUGCAGUUUGACCUCGCUGAGGAGUUGUAUAUGUACGCUAAGUACCUGGCCGACAUCGUGAUACCGCAAGAAUAUGGACUAACAAUGCAAGAGAAGUUAACAAUAGGUCAAGGUAUAUGCACACCUCUUCUUAAAAAGAUCAGAGCAGACUUGCAAAGGAACAUAGAAGAAACUGGUGAGGAGACUGUUAACAGACUUAAUCCCAGGUACAGUCACGGCGUGUCAAGUCCGGGGCGACACGUGCGUACACGUCUGUACUUCACCAGCGAGAGCCACGUGCACUCGCUACUCACAGUUCUACGUUUUGGUGGAUUGCUCGAUGUCUUAAAAGACGAGCAGUGGCGUCGUGCCAUGGAAUACGUAUCCAUGGUCUCCGAACUCAACUACAUGUCGCAGAUUGUGGUAAUGCUGUAUGAGGAUCCUACUAAGGAUCCAUGUUCUGAAGAAAGGUUCCACGUGGAGCUGCACUUCAGUCCCGGAGUGAACUGUUGCGUCCAGAAGAACUUGCCGCCCGGCCCCGGGUUCCGUCCACACAGCCGGAAUCAUUCCACAGCUAACAACUCGCAAAGCUCAUCAGAUGAAGUGAAAUGUAUUGAAGAAGAAAGUGAAGAUGAUCAAAUGGCCAGUCAGGAGACUUUGCAACCGGACCUUGAUGAAUUAGAUAGUACAUUUUCACCGAAGAAGUCAUCUAAAUCAAAAAUGACAUCAUCUGACCCCAUUCCAAUAUGCAAUCUACACUACACGGUAAGCGGACACGAGGCGUCGUCGUUGGCAGCCAGGCUGCAUGAACUCCGCGCCGGAGAUGAUCAUCGGAUCGAAGAGAACGUGUCGAAAGAAGCAUCGGAGCCGCCGCCGCGCGCCCGCUCGUACGAGCAGCACGCGCAGCACAGCGGCGCGGGCGCGGACGCGGACGCGGGCGCGGGCGCGGGAGCGGGCGCGGACGCGGCCGUCCGCCGCCAGCGGCACAGCAUCGCCGGCCAGAUGAGCUACCUCAAGAUGCUGGGGCUGGGCGGCCGCAGCAAGUUGUCCGGCGCCGCGGGACUCUUCAGCACCGCGGUCAUCUCCGGCUCUAGUUCCGCGCCUAACCUUCGCGUCAUGAUACCGCCCUCCGCCUCCACCAACAAGUGGAGAUAUGAAGAAUGGUGUAUAACAGUAGCGGCCCUGGAGGAGUUCGGCAGCGUGCCGGCCAUCCGUCCGCUGGAGACGCUGCACAACGCGCUGUCGCUGCGACAGCUGGACGCGUUCCUGGAGCGCGUGUCGGCGGCGCCCGUGGUGCUGGGCUCGCCGCCCGCCGCCGACUCCGCGCCCGCCUCCGCCUCCGCUGCCGCCUCUGCCGCGCACCACAAGCCGCCCUCGCCUACCAACAGCGUGGGUUGGAGUGGUCCAUCCUCGUUGAUAUCGUCAUCAGGCGAGCUGCCCAGUGGCCUUUCAUCAGCCGGACCAUCCUCUCCUAACUCCUACUAUGCCUCCAAUUCGGAAAACCUCAAGAGCUCCCUAGACUGUAGCAAUUGGAGUAAAAUUGUGCCGACCAAGCUCCCCCAGUGGGACGGCGAGGCGGCCACUUUGUGCGCGUUCGACUCGAGCCUGCGCUCAUUCAUGCCGCACUCCAGUGUAGCAGGUUCAUCUAUUAGCGGCGACAUCACCCCGGUGUCUAUUGCCUCCGAACAGGAGUUUAAUAGCAACGAGGCGACCGCCGGCUCCAUCACUGACCAUGAAUUAUUGAGUACCGAAGGCGAGGAUGAUGAAGAAACACUUUCUGUUGAUAGAUCCGCUUCACCAAUGAAAUUAAUAAAAAAUGAUCUUAGUCCACAAUCUGCUAGUGGGACCGCAUUGCAAUUGCAAUCAGAAUUCAGCCAAGCUUCUACCAGUACUGCUACCGUGGAUUUCUAUGGACUAAAUUUACAGAAAACUAAAGAUACAUUUUCUAAGGAAAUUCCUUCGAGCAGCAAAAACUUCUACAUAGAAUCAGAUAUAAUAAACGAGUAUACAAAAUGUGAUGCACCCCAAUACAUAAACAACUUUGAUUCUAUUAACUUGCAAAACAAAACAAGUAGUAAAAGUAAAAAGAAGAAGAGCCAUAUGUUAAAUAAUGAAAGUAGAAGAUAUAGUGACAGCAGUGCACAAAAAAGUAAUAUUAAUACACAGAAUAUUUCAGGAACUAGAUUUACUACAACAUUAGUUAACGAAGAUUUGUUGAGACCAAGCACAUCUAGCGAUAGUAAGUCAAAUAUUAAUUUGCCUAAUUUGUCUACUGGAAAGCCAACUAUCACUAAGGCCAAGAAUAUCGUAGUGAAAGCUGGGUUUACUAUUCCCGACUCUUAAUAUAUAAAUAUACAAUGAUCUGUUUUUACAAAAAUUUUCAACCAAUAUCAAUUCAUAUUUAAUAUAAAUGAAAUCAAAGGUGAUGUAUUUGGGUGGUUCUUCAUAAAUUAUUUUAUGUAAAUCAUAGGUGAUUGCUUAUGUAGUUCUUAAUAUUAUAUAAAUCUGUGAUGUUAUGAAUGUUGUUGUUGCAUUUCAUGUAUUUUUAUUUAUUUUUUUAUAUUCAUAAUUAUUUUACUGUAGACUAGUUAAUAGGUACUACAUAUUAUUUUCAUUGUGGCUUUCCGGAUAUCAAGACAAUGCCAAUGAAGAAUGUGUGAGUCCAUUUGCAGUCAACAUACAGAAGGAUUUCAUCCUUAGCUUAUUAAAAUGUCAUUAUUUAUUGCAUUUUAUUUUGUAAUAACAAAAACAAUGGUUCUAUUUGUUGUAUUAUAAGAUAUGUAGUAUUCUAUUUUCUGUGCUAGUGCUGAUGGGAUGGCAAAAGAUCAAGGUUUAAUAAAUCUAAUUACUAAAUAAAAUUUUCAGAUUGUGAACAUCAUCAUGAAUCAACAAAAGCUUUAUAAUGCAAAAUAUGUAUUAAUUUGCUUAUAUAUCAUGCGAAUCACUACAGAAUAUUUCAGAGAAAUCAAAUGACUUAGUGUAUAAGAAAUUAUGUAUAAAAUACA